UUCUGGAGAAAUUAUUAACUUCUCCAGAAUUUCUGAUGCAUUUCAGGCUCUUCCUUGGGAACAGGUGAACUCUUUUUUGUGGGGAGAGUCAGUGGUCUAGAGGGUCUGGAGGCAAGAAGUGUGUUUUGCCUCACAAAUGGAUGCCAUCUUUGUUGGACAGCCUACAGAACAAAGCUGCCACUCUUUCAUAGUAAACAGGAGCAAAUGAGAAGCUGAAGGUGCGGGAUUGCCAUUUCUUACACUUUGGCAACACUUCCGUUUUCCUUGAGCUAAACUUUGGGCAAAUGGAUUACUGUUCCUUAACUGAUAUUUGGGUGGGUUGCUGGAAGCUAGAUCAGUUCUAUGGGUUCUGUUGGCAGUUUCUGCUCUGCCCUGAGUUGUGAGUCAAAUUUAUUGUUUGCCACCGAUGGCCAUUUCAGUAUUAGUCACAAAAGACUAAUCAUAAAGUGUAAUCAUAAAAUUCAGAAGGAAUGGGCACCAAAACUAAAAAACGUUUUAGUUAGCAAUUCCUCUCAGCAGUAAGCGCAAAACAUUUGGAGAACCAUUUUCUGCCCACCACUCCUACAAGCUCACUUAUAUCAUCCAGCCACCAUCUAAUUGUGAAUUUGUCUGAUUGACCUAAAAGCCCUGGGAAAACAAAAUGAAACAAAACACGACAAAUGAAGCCCUAGGUGAAUAGUGGUUAAGACAAGAGCACUGAACAGUAUCUUCAGUCUGCCCUAAUCCACACACUCGAAGAAAUGGUUCACAUGGCACACCAACCAGGUGUAUGUGUUGUGGGUUGUUAUUGGAUCAUAGUUUCUGUUGUAUAACCCCAGCCAAGCUAACAAGCCAUGGUUUGUUGAUCACAAGCAACCCACGUUCAUUACUGACCACCAAUCAUGUGUUCUUACUGUGGUACUUCAUGAUUAGCAAACUGUGGUUUAUUAGGUUUAUUUCUCAUGAGACAGCAACCCCCAGUUCAGCAACAACCUAUACUCAGCCCCUACUCUGGGUGGUUAUAGUACGUGUGUGACUUCAUACAUGUUCAUUUACUGGCUUGCUGACAAAUUUUCCAGCCAGAUAUUCUUUGGAAUCUGACCUGGGUAAAAAUACUGCUUUUUACACCUGCAAAUUCUUGAACAUCUUACAUGAGGGAAGUGCAUCACCCUUUAAUGUUCUCUAACAUUAUCUAACAAACUUGAAACAUGUUUGGGAAUGGUUGAAAUCUUUUAGGUGGGUAGGAGUUUCCCCACUAGAACAAACUUCCCUGAAUACCUUCAGAGAAUGAAUGGCAUGCUGAUAUUUCCGCCAUGUUUCUUCCCAUGGAUGGCCUGCUGUUUGUAUCUGGUUGGGCCAUGAGCAAUAUACACAGGAACAGAGGUAAAUUACAAGCUCUUUGGAGGAAAUAGCUUGACCUUCUGUAAUCUUAACCUAAUGCCAUCAAAAUAAGCUAGAGACUUCAUAAGCUCUCUCCUUAAUGGCCGACAGCAAGUUCGUCCUGAAUGAGCUCAGUUAUUUUCUUAAUGAGAAAAUAUUUAAAUGAGGGAGUGAAUUAUUUUUCUGUGGAUCAAAUAGAUUGACAGUAUACAUUAAAAAGCAUUUUAUGUUAUAUAUGUCAGGAAAAUCAAACUUGAAAUACUGGGGUGGGUUGCAUGACAGGACAGCCCUCAGCAGGUUAGUUGAAUUGUGGUGAGGUUGUGGCAUGUGUACGUCUGCCAUUUUACACGUGCGAGCCCUGCUCGGGGACAGUUGUGUCAUGCACACCCAGUGAGCAUGGGUUAUGGGAGGGUUAAAGAACCCCACAAAGUCCAUGAUCUGCUUGAAAUAGCCCACAACAAGCCCCUGUGUGUGUGGUCUGUAAUCUGUCACUAAGCAGCUUAAGUGCAAAACCAAACUUUCUUCCUUGGUUUAUGUGCAGUUUGCAGAGUAUAUUAUGGUAUCAUUUUUUUUAAGUAUGACACCUAAAUAUGGUCUGGAGGCUGUGUGCAAAACUACCCUUCUGUUUAUGUAUAUGAAGAAGUUUUGCUUACCUUUUGUAUGUGCUAACUGGGAUAGUUCAUCUUUGUGAAAAAGCUUUGCUACUAAUUCAUGUUUUACAAAUCUCUGUGUUUUUACAUAAAGGUACAUUACUAACACUGCACAGAAUGUGAGCAGACAGACUCCUAACCAUGGUUAAGAGAUCAAGGGCAGGCUACAGGGCCGUAUCUUCCCUACCUCUCCCCUUUUAGAAACUCAUUCCUCCCUCCCAUCUUAAAUUCUACCACGUGCUUCAUUUUCAGCCUGAUUAAGUAAGCUUGAGGCUUUACCAGGAUUCAUUCUUAUGCAGAAUCCCAAACUUUUCUUGGAUGCUUCCUAAGUAAAACCUGGUUAACUGUUCCGUCACUGCUGAUGAACUGCUUAACCACAGUUGAGAGAGAUGGGGGGAAUUUGUAUCCAAGAGAGAGAAAGAAGAUCGUGGUUGCCUGUCCCUUUCCGGAUCUCCUUAACCGCAGUUAAGUGUGUGUCCACACCUGCCCUAGCAUAGAGUUGAAGCAUUCUACUUUGAGUGGAUAGAGCUGUCGCUUGUCUUGCUUCAGUAACCUUCUAGCAGAAGCACCUUGUAGUUGUGUAUUGGAGCACCGCAGAUGGAAUGUUAGAUUGACUUCUAACUUUGGCUCUCUGCCAGGCACUAAGGGAUGGAAACAAACUCGCCCAGAUGGAAGAGGCUCCCCUUUUUCCUGGAGAAUCCAUCAAAGCUAUUGCUAAAGAUGUCAUGUACAUCUGUCCAUUUCUUGGAGCCAUCAGUGGUACUCUGACAGUGACGGAUUUCAAGAUGUAUUUCAAGAAUGUGGAAAGGGAUCCGCAUUUUGUUCUUGAUGUUCCUUUGGGAGUGAUAAACAGGGUUGAAAAGAUUGGAGUUCAAAGCCACGGAGACAACUCUUGCGGUUUAGAAAUAGUUUGCAAGGAUAUGAGAAACUUGCGGUUUGCUUAUAAACAGGAAGAACAAAGACUAGAGAUUUUUCAAAACCUCAUUACACGAGCAUUUCCUAUUUCUCAUCGACUGCCAUUCUUUGCAUUCAGCUAUAAAGAAAAAUUUCCUGUUAAUGGCUGGAAAGUUUAUGAUCCAAUGGCAGAGUAUAAGAGACAGGGUCUACCCAAUGAGAGUUGGAAAAUAUCCAAAAUUAACAGCACAUAUGAAUUUUGUGACACUUAUCCUGCCAUUCUGGUUGUGCCAACUAGCGUAAAAGAUGAUGACCUCUCUAGAGUAGCAGCAUUUAGGGCGAAAGGCAGAGUUCCAGUGUUGUCUUGGAUCCAUCCUGAGAGCCAGGCCACGAUCACACGUUGCAGCCAGCCUCUCGUAGGUCCGAAUGACAAGCGCUGCAAAGAAGAUGAGAAGUACCUGCAGACCGUCAUGGAUGCCAACGCUCAGUCACACAAACUCUUCAUCUUUGAUGCCAGGCAGAACAGCGUCGCUGAUACAAAUAAGGCAAAAGGAGGUGGCUAUGAAAGUGAAAGCGCCUAUCCAAAUGUGGAGUUGAUCUUCUUGGAAAUCCCAAACAUCCAUGUGAUGAGAGAAUCGCUGCGUAAGCUGAAGGAAAUUGUUUACCCCACGAUUGAUGAGUCUCGCUGGCUGUCCAGUGUGGAGAGCACACACUGGCUGGAAUACAUACGGAUGCUUCUUGCUGGGGCAGUACGAAUCGCCGACAAAAUUGAGUCCGGUAAAACAUCAGUCGUGGUGCACUGUAGUGACGGCUGGGACCGUACAGCUCAGCUUACCUCUUUAGCCAUGAUUAUGUUGGACAGCUAUUACAGAACGAUCAAGGGCUUUGAAGUCCUCAUAGAGAAAGAGUGGAUAGGCUUUGGGCAUCGGUUUGCGAUGCGAGUAGGUCACGGAGACGAUCAUCAUGCUGAUGCUGACAGGUCCCCCAUCUUCCUUCAGUUCAUAGACUGUGUGUGGCAAGUGACAAAGCAGUUUCCUGCAGCAUUUGAAUUCAAUGAGCUGUUUUUGAUCACCAUUCUGGAUCAUCUUUAUAGCUGUCUCUUUGGCACCUUUUUAUACAACUCUGAACAUCAGCGAAUAAAAGAGGAAACAAGCACAAAGACAGAGUCUCUGUGGUCCUACAUCAAUAAUCACCUUGACGAAUUCAGUAACCCUUUCUAUGUGAACUAUGAAAACCACGUCCUGUAUCCAGUUGCCAGCUUAAGCCACCUGGAACUCUGGGUAAACUACUACGUGCGGUGGAAUCCUCGAAUGCGGCCCCAGGUGCCAAUUCACCAGAACCUAAAGGAACUCCUUGCCAUCAGAGCUGAGCUCCAGAAGAGAGUGGACGAACUGCAGCGGGAAGCGGCGACACGGUCCAUCUCUUCGUCGUCGGACCGGGGCUCCUCUCCCGCAGCCACACCAGUGCACACUUCUGUCUGAUGUGAGCCCAAGCUCAAGGUGCAGUUGUGGAGACCUGCCGACUGGCAGAGGUGCCCUUCUCCCGCAUGCCCUGGGGCAACAUCCUUUCCUCCUGCCGUGUCUCUGGAGGCCAGAACUGCUCCCUCCAGGGAACACGGUGGAGGCGGGUGCUUGCUAGUUUUUUCUAACGUGUCUUUUUGAUGUCUAGCGGAAUUUACAGUGGGAAAGCUAGCCGUGUCUCAGGCGACCUCCAGCAACGCUGUUGGAAACCAGGUCCACGUAACGGUGCGAACGGCUUGCUGGUCUGGCUCCCAGAGAGAUGCCCCAAAGGCCUGGCUGCCACACCUGCAGUGCUCAUAAUUCCCGAAAGGGGAGCCUCCCGGUUUCCCUGGUACUUAACAUGCUUUUCAAAGCCGUAGGAAGUACUAUUUCUUGGGACAGAUAGAGCUGACCUGAUGCACUUUGAAAUGAUUUAAUUUUUUAAUACUAUAGUCAGUUGUAUAUUUUGGAUAAACAUGCCAUUAAACAAUGAGCAGGAUUUGCCAAGCAUGAAACAGCCAGUGGUUGUAAAAUAAUCGUUUUGAAGCCUGGAUGACCAAAUAAUACUUUUCCAACUUUUCUGCAGUUAUUGUCCACUUGCCAUGUCACUGAGGUAUAUCAAGGGACUUGUUCAGUUUGCCUUUUCACGUAACUAGACACUGAAAUGUGUGAACUGCAGAUGCAAGUACUUUAUUGUAUCUUGUUAAAAAUCUGUUUACAUGAUUUCUUUCUUGUUCUUACUGCAUACAAGUCUAUGCAAGGCCAAACACUCUUUAAGUAGUGCAUAUGGACAAUAUUAUUUUCAAACAUUUUUCAGACACCAAUAAAUUGUAUUUAUGAUGGCAGAUAAAACUUUUUAGGCAAAACAAUCGUAAUUGGGUUCCUUGAGACAAUAAAGGCCAUUGUGUUUUUGUAUUAGCUGUUUUAUAUGUUUUCUUCUAAGCAAGGUUAUUUCCUUUCCAUUUCCUAUAAAACACGGCGAUCGCCAACAUGGUUACCUCUGGCAGCACACGCUUAUGGCAGAUCUGGAGCAAGGCAAAUCGCAAGCUCCGGGGUCUUCCAGCUUGCCUCUUCCGCACCAUGCUGCUGCCUGCUCACUCCCUGGCUCAAAAGCUUGGCAAAACGGUGGGAAAGAGAUUGGUAGCUCCAUCUCCUAUUUGGACUUCAUUUGAGAUACGUUUGUCAAAAAGGCUAGCCGCCGUUUCUAUAAAGCAUGUUAGAUUCUCCCCCUCCUCCCUUUGAUCAGUGCUUACUCUAUGCCUACAUUAAAUUCUGGAAUUCAGGACAAGCCUUUAAGUGUGGGUGGCGAGGAACCACCCCGCCCAUUGCUCGCUCCUUCACACAGACUGGGCAUAUGUCUAGAGAGCAGCACAACUAAUUCUGUCUGCCUUUUCGUUGCUUGGUCUGCAGUUUCUUCGAGCAGCAGCUCCAUCUUGUCUUGUGUGAAAUCUCAGGAGCUAUUUAUGAUUCAGCAUGGGGAUCUUUUCAUAGAAAAACAUGGAACAUCCCACUUGGUGCAGGUCUUGGCAUCACAUGUUUACUUUUCAAGAUUACACACCAAUUGUGUUCUAGCGUUUAGAGUACUGGAAUGAUUGCAUGCAAGAGUGUUGCUUAGCCUACAUGUACAUUCUCUUCUACAAGAGCAGGCAAAACGGUACCCGCAGUUCAUACCCUUUUGCAGAAAAAAACACAAACAUUUGCACCCAUUUAAAAAGUGAAAAAACCCCACAUGUGGGCCUGGCCAGAAAUAUCUCAGGAUCGGGCUUGUAACACAGGGAGCCACCUGCGUUUACGAUUGCCUCAGGACUGUGCUCUCCAGGCUGAUCCAAGUGACCUGCCAUUCCAUAGGAGGGACUUUUCUUGUUGCUGAUGAGGCUAGAAUAGCAGCUUGUUAGUGUUGUGCAAAUGCACACCCACAGAGCACACACACAAUAUCGUUGUACAAGCCAGUCUUUCAUUUAUUGUUUUCCAGUUUGUGGUUCAGCAAUCGCGGUUGGAUCCCCCUCCCCCAUAAUUCUUAUAUGCACUUUAGCAAAAUGAGUCUGCCUUUGGACAGCGUAACACACAAUUUUCAUCUGGGACAGAUCAUGUCUGUAUUACCCAAUGGUAGAUAACGCAUUGUUUAAAUAAAAACUUGGUGUAUGGA